GAAGAAUCUAGGCGUUUUGCUUCGCUUCGGUUGUUACGUCAAUCAGCUUCUAUUUUUGGAUAAAUUGAAAUGAGUUACUAGUCGAUAAAGUCUACGGUACUAGUUUUGUCUAAUUGACUUUUUCUGUUUUUUCAAUCUACUCCGUGAUAAUUUUUCAAUGUAAUAGAUUGACCUCAGCAUAAUUUUCUGAUGUUGAAGAUUUAGUAGUUUUAAAAUUUUCUCAUAAAUUGUAUUGUUAGUUCUUACAAAAAUGGAAAGCAUGUUGGGUUCUUAUUCGCGGCCUGCCUCACAUGCGGGAUCUUGGUAUACGGACGACCCCGAUGAGCUGCGCGAGUCGUUCCGUUCGUGGAUCACAGAGGCGGGUAGAACUAUGUGUGGUGGAGCCGAUGGCAGCAUUACGAUAUCUGUGUGGCUCAUGUUUCUUUUUCGAACCAAUGCGUGAAGCAUGAAGAUCUUGGGAAGCAAAUGCUUUUUUUUGAUUCCAUCAUCACCUAUUAAGUAGAAAAGUAGAGUCUCCUCUUCAUCUAAGUAAAUCAUGCAUCUUCAUCUAACUAUAGACUCGAGAUUGCUUCUCCAUCUAAGUAUAGCAUGAGGAGCUUUUCUGCUGGAUCGUUGUCGUCGCGCGCUCGAGCAGUCAUUGCCCCACACGCAGGAUACUCUUACUCUGGGCCUACGGCGGCUUAUGCGUAUUUUCAGCUACUGGAGGCCCUUCGAUUAGUGCUAGAGGCGACCCAUCUCUCUCCAUCAGACCAGCAUGUUUUACUUGUUUAGAAGAGGAAAGCUUUUAAUACAACUUAGAAAAAUGCGAACGACUUAUUACCUUUUAGGCGGUGCAAACUAAUGAUGAAUAACAGUUAGACAUACGGCAAGCGAUGCUGAUCGAAUCAAGGCAACUACAGAUGGGUCGCUCUCUGCCUUUAAUCUUAGACCGAAAUGGUUGCAAAAUCCGCCGCGUCGUGGUUCUCCACCCAAGUCAUCACGUGUAUCUGAACACCAUCGCCCUUACCGGUGCCCAUGAACUGAACACGGUUCUAGUUAAGACUCUGGUACUUUCGCCAAUCGAUCAUCACAGCGUGAGCACCUCAUUGAGUUUUAAAUUUGCAAUUCGACAAAUUUGGGUUCCCCUUAAUUGUGUAGGAACUUUGAAGAAACAAAUGUAAAGUGAAAGUAACCUACCUCCGCGAACAAAGGUCUCUAUCAUUGAAGAGAUGAGUAUAGAGAGUGAACUACCUUCCAGGAAGCUCUUUACAAGUGACACACAUGACAAGUUCUAAUGUAGGUCCAUUACCAGUUGACGUACCUUGGUUGCGCUCGCUACUGUCCUUGCAGGAGGAAACUGCUUCCUCGAGCUCCACAGGUGCCUUCCCUUGCGGGAUUCAGGUAAUGAACGCGAAGGUGGACACAGACGAGCACAGUGGCGAGAUGCACUAUCCCUAUAUCUUAAGGGUGGGAGUAGUAGAGAAGCAUUGCUUUGGUCAUCUAAAAUAGUUGAGUAUUCCCACGCUCCCAGUGGUAAAGAAGAUGUACUCAUACUUAUCACGGUGUGAAGUCUACCACGGGAUGGCCUUACUGAUGAUCAUAUUUAACACAUGGUGCGAAGCAUGUUGAAGGCCCAACUCACAUACUUCAGAAGUUGUUGUCGGAUUUUUUUCCUCUGGAUGAACGAGGUGAGGGGGAUACAUGUUCCUCUCAGGAAAGAGUCACACUGACAGCGUUUUACUCGAGUAAAUCACCUAUUCUAAGUUUGAGACAGGGUCAGGAGAAACUCCUUACUUCUAAGUCCGCGCUAUUGUCUAGAAGAGGCGGGGCAAGCGGCGAACGUGAAAGUAGCGGCCCUGAUGGUAGGAAGCAUGGACGCGACGCGGGAGGCCGCUUUUGGCAAAGCGCUUCGGAAAAUGAUGAUAGAUGGUAUAAUCCCUCGCACAUUUGUUUUCUUGUUGUGCUCGAAAUGUAUGAUAGAUACGUAGUACUAGAGGCUUCUAUGCUAUUAAAUCGCUUAUUCAUUUGAUGUCAAACAACAACAAGAUCUUUUCAACACUGCAGAUCCGUCGAAUUUUUUUGUGUUGUCCUCGGAUUUUUGUCAUUGGGGCCGCCGGUUCGACUUCUGCCCGUGCCCUGCAGCCGGACAGCAACCUAUCUCUUCGUACAUCGAAGAACUGGACCGAGAGGGAAUGGACUUAAUGUGCACCCAGGAUCCUUGGGCGUUUGACGGCUACUUGAGGAGAACGCAAAAUACCAUCUGCGGUCGGCAUCCGAUUUCCUUGUUCCUUUUCAUGCUCUCCUCUGCGACGACGAGGCACAAAAACAACUUGCAGCUCAACAACACGAGAGGAGAAGAAGGUUCUUAAGGUGAUGUUCUUACGAUUACUUAACCAAUUGAUCAGAUGAACAGAUUUUUGAUUUUGUAUCUGAUAUUAUUUAGAAGUACCGAACAAAGAAGAUGAGAAAAUUAUCCUCUUCUUUCGAAUGAAUCUUCAAUCUACUUUUUUAAUGUUGAGCAUUUUCUAAGAAUUACUGCGCAAUGCUGAAGAGGAUGAGUUCAGCAUCGAGAGAAGGGCGGGGUCAAAAAGGAGCAAGUCGAAUACGGGAGGUGCGCGAUAUGAAAACUUCCUCCGAGAGCCUCCAUGUCCAUCUAGAAUCGACGAGAAGCACCCCAUUUUUACGAUAGAGCACUUGCGCUACGCCCAAUCAGGGGAGGUUUUCGACGCACGGCGUGAUAGUAGUGUUAGCUAUGUCUCAAUGGUGAUCAAAGAAGCCACUGCAUCCUGAUCAAAGAAGCCACGGGAUUUGGAUCAAAGAAGCCGAUAACUGUAUCUUGACAACGGAAAAUUUUUUGAUGCCUUAGAAUAGCAGGUAGUACACCAACAUUCGCCGAUGUAAGUGACAACCUUGGGCGCUGCUGCAGUAGCUUAUCCCGUAUGAAAAUUUGAGCAGAUAUGGCGAUAUUUUUCACAACAGAUAGUUUCGUCUCGUCUUGAGUACUCAAAAAAAGAUACGCUGGAGAAUGUGCGCUUGACAUUUUGGCGUCAUAAUGUAAGUUUAAUAUCCGGCUCUUUUCUAAUACACCUAAUGAACUCAAUACAUUUGAUCGCUCACAAAGUCCAUCAGCAUCAGCAUAAAACCCAUACAUGUGGUAGUACAUCAAUCCGGGGAGAGAAACAACACGACACGACCAAGAUUGAUUCGGAAGAACGAAAGGUUUCGGAAGAUUGAGACAGGCUUAGCGUGAAUUUUGGAGAGACCUUGGAGAUGAAAUUCAUAUUGGAAGGAGUAUGUGUGAUCAGGUAGAU